AUGGCAACAGGUCAGUCAACUCGUAUUGUCCAUGCAGUAAUAGAUUUACAAAAGGAUCUUCCUGAAGGAAUUACUGAUAUUGAACAAGUUGAUGCAACAGAUGCAACAGUUUGGCGUGGUGUAUUUCAUGGACCACAAGGCAGCCCAUAUGAAGGUGGCAAAUUCAAAAUUUUAAUUGAAUUUCCAACUGAAUAUCCGUUUAAACCACCAAAAGUUAAAUUCGAUCCUCCGUUGUAUCAUCCUAAUGUCUACGAAGAUGGGAGCGUUAACAUAAAUCCUGAUGAUGCAACUGCAUGGACUCCAAAAUCAGCAUUGGGUCCUGUUCUAUCAUCAAUAUCUCCAAUGAUAGCAAACCCAAGCAUAGAUGAUAAACCAGCCAAUAAAGAUGCAGCUGGCCUUUAUUCCUCAAACAAGGAGGAAUUUACAAAGAAAGCCAAAGACUUGGCAAAAAAGAUUGCUCUAUAA